ACUGGACUGGGGGGAUAGGCCUCGCUCGCUCUCUCGCCUGACUCGGCUCCGCCGGAGGGGCGGGCGGAAAAGGGGGGGUGUGCGCGCGCGCGCGCGCAGGGAGGGAAAAAGAGAGAGAGAGAAGGGAAAAGAGAAGAGGCUGCUCCAUGACUCCCGGCCCUGAGAGCGCGGGCGCGCGCCGCGGCCGGAGCAUGAGCGGCCGCCGCCGAGUGUGAGGGGCUCGCGGGUGGGGAGGGGCGCCGGGUUCCCUCCCCGCCCCGCCGAGGGAGCCGGGAAGCGAGCGAUGGUGCGGGGUGGCCGGGGAGAUGGAAGCUGCGGCGCGGCUGAGGCGAGGCUGCCCUGCCGCCUCCGCCCCUUCCUCCUGCUCCUGUUGUCGGCGGCGGCGGCCUCCGAGGCUCCGGGGGGGUCCGUCGAGGCGCCCCUUCCCGGGCCCGGCCUGAGCGUCUACAUGAGCCAGGAGGAGGUGCGGCGCCUCAUCGGUGAGUGAGGGGCGGCGGCUGCCUCUCCGCGUGCGCGCCUGCCUGCGAGGGGGGGAGGGGCCCCGCGGUGUCUCCGUCCAGGCUCGGCUUCCUCCGGGAGGGGAGGGGGAUCCCGAGAGGGCCGUGCGGCGGCGGGUGGGGGGCGUCUGGCCAGGCACCCCCUUCCCCGGCUGGUCCUGCCUUCGUUCCUUGUACGGCCUUGCUCUGCUAAUGCCGCUCAGCGACUCGCCUGCUUGCCAGGGCUUUAUGAGAGGGGGCUGGAUUUGGGUUUCGGGGUGGAAACAAAAUACAGUACGUGGCUGGGGGAGGGAGGGGGGAUCUAAUGGCUUCAAAUGUGCUUCACGGUGCAAAUUCCCAAAUCCGCGCUUUGCAACUGCCCGGGUGAGGCGCUGACAUUCUCCACCCAAAAGCCACCCAAACCACUUCAUGAUGCAGGAGGAGGGAGCGGGAGAAGCCUAGAACCAAGGCCAGCAGCAGCAGCAGACUUUCCUUGGCGGGUGGGUGUGUUUUGCAAAUAGGGACGGUCGCACUCAGUUCAGACUCAAGCCCUUUUACGUGCUACAAGGGUUGGUUUGUGGUACUGCUUGUACAGUGCAUACACAAUAAAUUAUUUUAUGCAGCUGUGCCCUAGAAGUUCAUGCUGUGAGAUGCUAAAUCCUUAAGACUUGACUGGGUAAACACUUUAUACAUUAUGUUAAUUUGUUUAUCUUGUUCCUAGCAUAGUGACUGCUUUAUGAAAUGUACCAAAAUAUGGCAAAUUUUGCCUACACUCCAAAGUGAACAACACUGAGAUUCUUAAGUAAAUGUGUUUUUGGAUGGAAGGGUCAGUGAUGGCCUUCAUUUUGUCACCCUAGUCCUGCUUAAGCCUUGUUAAUGGAAUACAAUAAAUUUGUGAAAUCUCAGUCUAAAACACAAGUCACAGAAAUAAAAUUUUAUGUGUCAUAGCACAUCAAUUUAUUCCAGUAUGUAUUUUCAAAAAAUGAAUUUGAUAACAUUUGAAUGGCACAUUGUAUAUCCAGAUACCUAUUAUUGAAGCUGUUGAUUUGUACAUGCAGUAAUGAAUAUUCACACUCUUACGAAGACAUAUUUUACUCAGGAGUAAGCAGUCCUGCAAAUAUGUCUGCAAAAGUUACUAGCUCAAAAUAAUAAUUAUUAACUCAUUUUUUCAUGUAUACAUUGAUGUUCCUCCCCCUGUCUCUUCUACAUUACAAAAAUUAAAAUAUAACUGUCUGGUCUUCUCAUUGAAAUGCUUACUUGCCUCAGGUGACUAGACAAGUGCGUGUUUAUAAGUCUGUGGUUAACUAGAUGUUGGGAUGGGGAGAAAUGAUAAUUAAAGUAAGCAAUCUUCAAAACUGAAAUUUGUCAAUACAGAAAGGUAGUUUGAUGUGGGUGAUUUUACUUCUGUCAAAGAAAGAAACAGUUUUUCACAAUUUGUUUAUAAAUUUGCUACAGUAUAACAGUGUUCUCUGUACAAGUCUAUUUUCGUAGCUUGGAAAUUUAUAUUAUUAACAACAUUUAGUUAUUAGCCAGAUGCUUGUCUUUAGAUGUGCUGGCUUGCUCUCCUGAUGCUGCCUUAAACUAGGUAAUUUGUCUGAGGUCACAGAGGCUUUCUAUAGUUUCAAGGGGGCCUGAGAAUAGGUUUGAAGUAUCAUAGGUUUGAAGUGUCAUGGAAGUAAAGAAUCACUUAUGUGGAGGAAGGUGCUAAGCGUGAUUAAAUAAGAAACUGACAGAAGACGGAUUCAUGUUAAAUUUUGUAGGAUGGGUAUAACUGCAGAAAGAGGGGUGUUACAAUGUGUUCCUGUAUGUUUGCCUAGCAGUUCUACUUGAUAGGGUUGUGUAUAUCUCAGACUCAUUGGGUUGGGACUAGGUACACACAAUGUCUUGCGGGAAAGUUUUCACAGUUGUGAAUGGAUAAAAUAUUCUUCAUAGAACCAUAGAGUUAGAAAUGACUGAAAGAAUGAUCUAGUCCAACCUCUUGCAAUGCAGGAAUCUGCAGCUGUCCCAUGUGCAAAUUGAACCUGUGACUGUGGCAUUAUCAGCACCAUGCUCUGACCAACUGAGCUAUCCAGUGGUGUAAAUCCACUCCAGUCUUGUGUAGGUGUACACAAGGCACUUUAGGUCUACCCAGUUAGACAGAUGUGGCAACUUCAAAUGUUCAUAACUUCUCUCUUUUAAAGCUAUCAAACAAUGGUUGCAGGACAUUAUUUUCUCUGGUAGGUCCCUAAGAUUAUUACAAGACCUCCUUUACUCACACCUUCGUAAUCCUAGUAACAUAAUUGUCUCCACUUUUUCAAACUUAUCUAUGGAACAAGGAUGACGGAAAUAAUUACAAAACCAGAACCUUUAAGAUUCUAAAAAUAGCUUGGGGGGUCCAGGCAUAUCAGUAGUACUUCUGCCUGUACAUCGCCAGUUGCCUGUUCCUGUUGCAUAUCUAUGAUAUUUACUUCAGCUGUAACUCUGCUUUCCUGUGGACUUCUGCAGAAAAUAUUGUAUCACAGAGAAAUUAUAAAAGAAAAAGUGAAAAGGCCUGUUUUCUUUAUAAUUCUUGCUAUACUUGUCGUAGCCUCUCUUCACCAAACAUUUUCAAAGCCAUCCUAUCUCUUAGUUGAUACAUUGCAACUUACUGCUCACAUGGUAUUGGGGAGUCUUCUGGUAAUAAUGUACUGCAAACUUUUAAUUAAAGAUAGGUACAGUAUCUAAUGAUUAAUCACAGGUACUGAAAGUUGUUUCUGGAGUACUUGAAGCUUCCCUUUCAGCAGCUUUCAUUACUGAAUACCCAAACAGCUUAGAAAAUGCUCUUUUCAAAAGCAUGGGGGGGGGGGAAAGCUGGGAGGGAAACUCAGAAAAGCUCUAGCAUAUGUUCACAUCUCUUAUCACUGCCUGAUAAAUUGUAUCCAAAUGCCCACUCAACUGAGCUGUUUUAACCUGAUUUUCAGCUAUUCUCUUACCCAUGGCAGUCACCUGCGUGCCACAUUCCUGCCUCUCCUGUGGAAAGGCAUUUCAAGGUGCUGCAGUUGUUGAGAGACUAAUUUAUUGAAUUGGUGUGUGAGGGAACAGAAUAUUUGUUGGUGUAGCACCAAACAAUGGUUUAGCAUUCUAAUGUUUGAAGAGAGCCAGUGCUUGUUAGGUGUCUUAUUUUCCAUUAAGUUUGAGCUGCUAAAUAAAGUACUUACAUACUAUCUAUAUUUACUCUUCUAUUUUGAUCUGAUAUUUAGAUAUGGAUGUUAAUUUGAAUUAAGUGCUUCUCUUAGCAAAAUAUGAAGAUACUGCACAUUGAAAGACUUGCAUCUUUUAGUGUAUAAGGCUGAGCUGUUUUUAAAAUCUUUUGAACACAACCUUUUUAGAUUUUUUGUAUGUCACCAUCUCAUCAGUUGUAUGGUCCUACUUGAAUAUAUCUGCCUGGAGUUGUGUGAUAUAUUGCAGAACAAUUAUUUCUUAGCUGAAAACUGUCCUUUAACAUAGUGCUCAGGGAGAAAAGAUGACUACACAGUAACAAUUACUGAAGGCAAAACAACCUUGAGGAAGGAGCUUACUUUGUUAAGUUGACUGUCUGUAUCUUCUUUGAGGAUGCUCCAGCUUAUUAAAUAUCUAAGUCUGAGAUGGUAGAGACAGAUGCUAAAAUGGCUGAAUAUGUUUUCCAGUUGUACAAAGGAGCUGUGCAUGUACAGCUGAUACAGAUGUGUUUCACGGUUCCCUUUGCUCUUGAUGAGGCAGCCUAUAUCCAUCUGGGAUCACGAGGCAGAGUGGAACUCAAGCUUAGAUAAAGAUCAUUUUGUGCAGAUUAGAGUGCCUGGAUAAAUUCCAGAGGCCAAAUUGUUAGGGCAUGAAGAAAAUUAAUGCUGGCCAGAACUUCAUUCUGAUGCCCACAAAUUUGAAAUACGCGUACCAACUCUAGAUGUAAAAGUAUGUUGAUGCAGCAGAAUGAAUCUUUGGCAGUAUUUGUUGUCAUGGGAUGAGCAAUGACACACCAGGACCUGAAAGAACUUUAGGUGUUUAUUGCACUUUUGCUCUGAAUGUUCAUGCCUAAAGAAUUUUCAAAGGAUGAAUGUUUACUAUAUUUCUAAACACUCAGUAGUCUAAUAAAAUAUAUCAUUUUACUAAUUCAGUGCUGAUGGUUUAUUACACUGUCGUGAUUUCUCUCCCCCUUCAUGGUUCAUAAAUUUUAGUGCAGUGUGCUGUUUUUGGGUAUGUUUUAUAUAAUGUGGACAAUUGCUUUUAGAGUCGGUGCCAAACUUCAGAAUUCUCAGACACAGUCAUUGGAUUUUAAAGUCAGGACUCCAGAAGGGACUCUUAAGUGAUUAAGGCCUUCCCCAAGGCUCUAAAACCUUUUGUGUGCUCCGUUACCUAUGUGAUGGUGCCUACAGGAUGCAGUGUCUAAGUUACCUAUGUGAUGGUGCCUACAGGAUGCAGUGUCUAGUGUGUAUUUUCAGUAAGUGGUUCAUAAUCUUCUGGACCUGUGAAUGACGCUGUAGAGGUGGGAAUCUACUCCUGAAUGACUGUAGUAGAUGCAGAGGUCUCUAGGUUCCUUUGCAUUCUUGGUGACCUUGUUCAACCCACUAAAGUGCCUAGAGUACCAUUCCCCAACCUGGUGCCCUCUAAUCUUUUGGACUACAGUUCUCAUCAUCCCUGACCAUGCUUUAUGGGGCUGAUGGGAGUUGGAAGCCAGUACAGCUGGUGGGCACUAGGUUGGAGAAGCCUUGUCUUGAGACUGAUUAGUAAUUACCAAAAUUUGAAGAAUGACUGAUUGAUAUGAGAUGUCCAGUGGUUGUCUUUGUAAUUAAUAAUGGAUUUUAAAAUUUGAAACUAAUUUGUUAUGCUUUGCCUUCAGAUAGAUGGUGUCUGUACAAUUCUAGCUAUAUAGCCCAUCAAAAACUAGCAUGAUGCUUGUGUGCACAGUGGUGUCCUUGAGGUUCACUUGAUUCUCAUGAAGCCUCUAAGCCUACCCCCUCACUGCCCCCUUUUUCUCUCUUGCAAAAGUACAUAGAGCUGAAGAAGGAAGUUGUAAGAGGUGCACUUUCUCACUUCCUCUUUCAGCUCUGUGUUUUUAAUGGUUCCAAUUAAUUCUCCUUGACUUUUAUUCGGAUUGCUUGGAAAAGUGAAGUACAUGUGUGUGCACUGUCUCUUGAUUGCAGGGGGCGGGGAGUGAUUUAUGGAAGUCAAUUUCCCAUGUUGGAUUCAUUGACAUUAUGUAUCUGACAUGCAGUAAACAUUUUGGUCAAACGUGCCCAUAGGCAAUGUAACUUAGAUGUGCAAAAGAAGAGCAAAGAUAGGGGCAGCAUAAUAUAAGACAGUUUGAUAUCUUCUUGCCUGUUUUUAAAAGAUGCAAAAAGCAACAUGAAAUUAGAGUUAUCUAGUUCUUAGAUCCAGGAUCUCUUCCUUAGCUUCCUUUAAUUAGCUAUGAAAGGCUGUGUACACACCAUACAUUCAAACUUUAAUCUCCCUCCCCCCCAAAAAGAAUCCUGGGAACUGUAGUGAAGGGGGCUGAGAAUUGCAACUGUCUUCAAGGGAAACUACAGCUCCCAAGAUUCUUUGGAGAUGAAAAAUCUGCUUUAAAUGUAUGGUGCACAGCCUAAAUGAUGUAGAAUGUCUUCUAUUUAGCGUGAUUGGUUGCAGCGGGCACAAUUAACAACCCUGCCCUAAUACCUCAUAGUAAACAAAUUUAUUCAGUCAUGAAUUGCAUUGUAGUGGAUGGGAAGAGAAACAAAGACAUUCUCAAGGGUCCCUUUGGCACUACUGUGGCAACUGAAGGCAUGAAUUUUAGCUACAUUAGGAUUUUCGUUCCUAUGUUUUGUGUAUUCAAUAGUAUCCAUGAGAAUUUAUAUUUGUUGUGUUUCUUCUUAGUUUGUGCCAGAAGUUCUCAAAUCUCUUGUUACAUUUAUGUCUCAACUACUAAACUUGGUGAAGCUCAAACAAAAUCAAUUGGUUGGGAGCAGCAUAAAUUUUCAUGAUGAUGUAAGCGCCAAGGAAACAAAACUGAGAAAUCAGUUGGCUGCUGGCCUUGCACAGCAUCAAGUGAGAGAGGAAAGGGACAUAUUUGUGCAGUUUCCACCUUCUCAUACCAUAAGAUGCACACAUGAACUGGAUUGCAAACUAGAAGUCGGAAAUAUCUUCUGCUCCAUGAGACUGAAUAGAAUUGUGAACUGUUAGGAUCAUGCCAGUUCCUGUAGGUCAUUCAGUGGAUAUUAGCUCUUGCUAUGCAUGGUUGUUGGUAAGAUGUGAAUUGUAGCAGAAUAUGUAAGUCAAAGGAAGGUGAUUAAUAUAAUAAAUGUGAUUUUGUGCACACUUGGUUAAGAGGAAAACUUGUAUUGCAUGUUUCCAAGUCCACAUACAAAGGCUUUCUUACAAAAGUCCCAUCUGAAUGAUUAUGGAUGAUAGCUUAAAUUUCUGAUAAAGCAUUCCUAACUUUUAAAAAGCUACCCACUUGUUAAAAAGAAAGGCAAACUGACACAUAGAAAUUGUUUUAAUUUACAGGAGACACAAGGAACAUAAGCUAUAAAGAUGAAGAUAAUACUUGAAUUGCUUCUAGUAAUUCAAACUCUGUUGAACGUUUAGAAAAUGAAACCCACCUAUUGUUUGUCUGUCUUGCUCCUCAAGGGGGGGGAGUUCUCACAAGAGCCCCUCUUAAAUAAACAAAAAUCACUUUCCCAUGCUAAUUGAGGAGAGCUUUUUGUAUUUUCUAAAACUGCAAAGAUUUAAAGCUCUUUUAUGCAAGAGCCCCUUGAAAAAGCCACGGUUUUGUUAAGGCUUCUAGAGUGACAUGAUCCAGUUUUGUAAUGAAUACAAGGGUUCCUCAGCAUCCUUCAUUCUAAGAAUGAAAUCCCUGCCUCUCCUUGUCUGCUUCAUAAUGUGUUAUGUUAAAAUCUUUAAAGAAUGACCUUGUAUUUCUGUGGUAUGGCAUAAGCCUACCUUCUUGUUCUAUGCUUGAUUUAAUUUAUUCUCUCUGGUUUAUGUCCAAGUGUGGAGCACAAAGAUAUAUGUUAAUGUGAUUUAGGGUUUGCCUGUGCAACAGUGUUUCCUCUUAAAAUCUAAAGCAAAAAAAAAAAAAAAAAGCAGGCCUUGUCAUGUGGUUUGCUUUAAGUUAGGUAGGAUCCAGUAACAAGAAACUAGAUCCUUGAGCCUUAAGCUUUCUAUAUAUGAGCUUGCUUAAUGGAGUCUGCAAGUCAGAAGAGUUUUAAAGUAGAUUUGUUUAGUUGAUUCCAGAAAAGUUUUUCUUUAUGCCAGUUAAAUAAGUUAUUCAAUUAUUAUUCUGUUGUUUUGUCUGCAGUUGAUCAGAGAGUCUAUGUACACGUUUCCUUGGACAUUCAUAACUUUUUGUAGUGUUUUCCUUAUCUCCUUCCAUACUUUUUCCAUACUAGACAUGACUUAGCCCAUAGUAAUGUAUUUCAUAGCAGCUUUUUAAAACAACAACAACUACAACCAAACAUUGACACACACCCCUUAGCCUCAUCAGAACUGUGGGGAAGAGGAAUGCUUUAGUCCUUUGCUCCUGCUGUGGUCCUGAUUGGAACUGAUGUGGGAUUGGAGGAGACUGCACCAGCUAUACGCAAUAGGAGGAAAGUUUCCAUUGAUGCCAAGGACUCAUGAAUCUAUUCUACCUGAGAUUUUAUCAAUUCCAAAGCCUGGUUUGCAUGCUGUAUUAAUUCAUAUUUUAUAAUAAAGGUUUAUUCUAGGCUUAUUGCUCAGAGUGCUCCCAUGCCACAACAAGCCAGGCUCUGGAUUGUUUCCUCCCCCAUUAACGAGUAGAGAAGGAGGUGGGGAGUGAGAGAGAAAAACUGUAGUUGAUUUUAAACAUUUCUUUAAAUGUUGAAGGUAAAUUGGGUCAAAAUGGCUUAACUGGAACUAAAUGUUACUUUUCUUCCUCUUAAACAAGUAAUCUUUAUUUCUUGUUUACUAAAUUGCCUGUGGCUGUAGCUUAGCUUUUAACUUCAUUUUCAUCCCCCUCUUUGUUUUAAACAUGUUUUAGGUAUUGAUGCAGAACUUUAUUAUGUGAGAAAUGACCUUAUCAAUCACUACGCUUUGUCCUUUAAUCUGCUGGUACCAAGUGAGACAAACAGCCUCCAUUUCAGUUGGCAUUCCAAGGCCAAGGUAAGCACCAACUAUUAUUUUAUGUGGAUGAAUUAAGCAACAGUAUUCAUUGUGUGGCACUGGAGGGCUUAACCAGGGUGGGUAACCUAAGACUGAAGCUGCAUGUGUAAGGUGUGCUACAGCUGGUAUAACACACUGCAGCUUUGUCUGUAGCAGUUGUGGUGGGGUUUUGAGACCCUUUGCUGCCUGGAGCAGUUUCAUGGAUUCUGUCCGCCCCCUCUUCAGCUUCAAGCAUGGAGCUGGGGGAAGGAAGCAGAAGUCCAUGAACUUGUGCAGAAUGUGCAGCGUGUGUCCAUGAUCAACAUCCCAUUCUCAAAUAUUGUCCAUUUGAAAGUAAACUCGAUUGCACCCAUAAAACCCCAGUGUACACUUACCAAGGAGAAAGUAUCAUUGAACACAGUGGGAUUUAUUUCUUAUUAGACAUACACUAGGAUUGCACUUAAGAAGUAUAGUGUGUGAGAAGGCUUUCCUCUUCAUUUCAUAGGUUUGAUUCAAAUGACUUGUCCUAAACACAGUUUGGUUUUCAUGAAUGAGCUUUAGGCUUGUGUGCUGCUUCAUCUUUAAAUACAUAAGAGUCCCUCCUUCCCUGUUUCUCAGGAGCUAUAGUUUGCCCAAUUCAGAUAUCUGUAAACCAUAAUUUUGCCUCGAGUUCAGGAUUGGAAACCAUACAACAUGUAUUAAAUUGUAUCAGUGCACACAUGAGUCAGAAAAGUUGUUUGACAUUUAAAAGGAUAGCUGGCUUGUGGUUUGAAUAUUUAAAUAUAAUUCAAACAGUGAUAUUUUGGCAUCCAGCGUAAAGCUGAAAUAUUAACUGUUCUAGCAGUAUAAAAAACUAGGUCUUUGGGUAGAUCUCUGGGGGUGAAUGGAAAUGUGUUUUUCUGGCAGAAAGUGAUUCCCGCCUGUCAUUUUGUAUUGGUCAUCUCCACAUCUUGGUAUGGUUUAGUAUCUGUUCUGCUUACAGAUCCCUUUCUCUGUUUUUGAUCCAGAUUCUACCCUUCCCCCUAAUAAUUGCUUGGUUGAGAUGCAUGUAGAUUAAGGCAAUGUCUGAUUUCAUCCUCUGAAUUUAACUUGUUCAUUUUUGUUGGACACUUAGCAACAUGCUUCUGAUAAUUUGGUUCUUAAUUUAUCUCAAGUAGAAAUCAUUGCAAAUACAUACCGUUUUAUUGAGCAUAUUUUCUUUUUGGCUUGUUCUGCAUAUCAUUACAGAUUGAAUAUAAACUGGGAUUUCAGGUUGAUAAUCUAUUGGCUAUGGAUAUGCCACAAGCAAAUAUUUCUGAACAAGGAGAAGUCCCUCGUACUUUAUCAGGUAAGUAGUCUUUCAUUACACAAACUGUAAUGCUAUGUGCUGAUGGGGAUACCUUCACUGCCGUGAUUCAUGUGUUGGUAACCUCAUGGUUGAACUGCUGUAAUGUGCUUCAUGUGGUUUUUCCUUUGGGAUUGAUCUGCACACUGCAGCUGGUUCAGAGCACUGUGACUCAGUUGUGGAGUGAAGUACCUGAAUGUGCAGAUAUUACUCACAUGCUGAGGGAAUUGCCCUGGCUGCCAGUUAGCUACUAGGGUGUGCUCAGUGUCUGCUAUUAGCAUAUGAACCUUGGAAGAAGGAAUGUAAAGUCUGUAAUAAAAUUAAUAUAAAUCCCUGGACAACUCAGGUCCAGGUUUACUUGAAGGACUGCCUGCCCAUGUAUAGAACUGUAAGAUCACUUUGAUUGUGUGGGGAAAUUUUACUUGUGGCACCAAACCCUACAGAAUAUCACAAGGCGGUGAUCCCCAAAUGGACAUUUCCUCCACCUAUUGCACAUGCACCGUGGAAUGCCCUUCCUUCUGAAAUACAGUGGACCCUCCGGAUACGAACUUAAUUCGUUCCAGGGGUCCGUGCGUACCCCAAAAAGUCCACAUCUAGAGGCGGGUUUGCUGCGUUCGCAACCUGAAAGUUACAUUACCCAAAGGUAACAUAACCCGAGGGUCCACUGUAUGUGAAGCACCAUCCCAUCAGUUUUUUCAGAUGUGUUGCAAAAACGUACAUCAGGCUUUCCCUGACUUGUAAAACUGGACCCUGUUUUUCCAAGAUUUCUCUUACCUGUUUUCAAGUCUGUAUUUUUGAGAUUUGCUUAGAGAUUUUAAGUAUUAAGCUGUUUGGGGAAAAAAAUAUAAUAAAAAUAAGCUAAUUAUACUUGGAGUUGACCUACUGAAAUGAGUAGACUCAAGUAACUUCAUUGAUUUUAGUGGGUCUGCUUUGAGUAUCUUAGUUGAAACCCUAUAUAAGCCAUUGUCAAGUUUCAAAUCUUGGUUUCUUAAUCUUUGAAAAGAAUUCAGUGUUUUAUGUGGGUAUGUAAGUUACUGUCCAUGUGCUGAUUUUGAAAUUCCUAGUUUUAUGAAUACAAUGUUUAUAAAGUCAAUGUGUUAUACCUGUGUGUUGGGGGGGCAUUUACAUAUUCAUAUAUUGAAGGUGGUCUGUAUAUCACUAGUUUGUACAAUAAAAUUAAUUUGAAAAGAAGGCAUUAGAGAAAAGGAUGAUUUGAAUAUAAACCAUAGUUUGUUUAGCCGAAGCGCGGUUUGUCUAAAUUCAAGCCAAAUUCAUGGAAAAUACAACUGUCAAUAGCUCCUAAUUCUGCUGGCUAUAUACUGUCUCCAAUAUCAGUGUUAAUGUUAGUGGCAGCGACUGAAUAGCAACCACUGGAAAGCAAGAGUGAGUGAAGGCUGUUGCACUCAUGUCCUGCUUGUGGCCUCUCACAGGCAUCUGGUUAGCCACUGUGGGAACCAGGAUACCAGACUAGAAAGGACUUUGGUCUCAUCUAGCAGGGUUAUUCUUAACUUUAUUAAGGAACAUGAAAGGAGGAAUCAAGAAAUCAUGUCAGUUUUUUAAAUUACUUUUAAAAGUUACCCUGAGAGCAUUUUUGGCUAAAGGUAUAAAUGCCUUAAAUUUUUAAAAAAGCUGUAACAAAGGAAUUAAAAAUACUCAGGAAUUAAGGCAGUUUUGCACUGCUGAUUUAAAGUGUGUGGUUUUUCAUUUUAUCUUUUAAAAACAUGUAUGUAUGUGGCUUUUCUAUUUACAGUGUUUCGGGUGGAACUCUCUUGCACAGGCAGAUUAGACUCUGAUGUUACGGUACUAAUGCAGCUCAACAUGACCAUUAAUGCUUCCAAAAAUAUCACAGUCUUAAAUUUCAAACGAAGGAAAAUGUGCUACAAAAGUAAGAUAUUUUUAUUCACUGUUCAUAUUAAAGGGGCAAUACAGCUUUGUAAUUUUUUUCACUUGCAUUGCACACAGCUAGAGUCCCUCCACCACCACCCUUUUCCUAUUCUUUCCCUUCCCACCCAACACCAGAGAAAGCAAGUGUGUAGGAGCUGCCACCAGUGUUGGGAGCUGUAAUUUGCCUAGUUGGAAGCAGACAUUUCAGAUCUGUUUAUAUUGGCUUUGAGAGUACUGGACAGACCUGUUUGAGCAGUGUGAGGUGAGGGGUGUUGGGGUCAGGGGUGUACUGGAGCAGAGAAUGUGUCAAAAAGAGCUUCCAAUAAAUGUGGAGAAAAGAAUUUCUACAAAGCUGAAGGAAAGUGCAGAUGAAAGAAAAUAUAAUACCCAAUAACUGCAGUGAAGACUGUAAUUGUCUCUAAAUGCCAUACUCUAUAAAACACAGGAGUUUUGCUGCAAACUUAGUAAUAUUGGCCUAUUAAGGGGUUGAAAGAAAAGCGCAAACUUUUGAAAAGGCUUGGCUACUGUUUAUUGAUUUUUGAAAACAUUGAUAAAUGCUCAAUACUAACGUAAUUGAUUUAAUAUAUUAUGACGUUCCAAUAUUUUCUUUUUCAACUGCAACUUGUAUACUAUUUUUGUUUAAUUUUAAAGGAAUUUUUUUUGUAUAUUGUGAUACGAUGUUUAAACUUGCUGGCUUAUUGUACGUUUGUAAAGAUGUCGGCAACAUUAUUUAUUUAAACCCUUUUUAUCCUGUUCAUUGCAAAAAGCAAUUCCAUAUUCAAAAAAACAGCACAAAAACCAACAUGAAACGGCAUAAAGCAAGGCAAUUCCAAACCGAUGCAAUCUGACAAUACAUUUCCGCAGAGGUCUGGGCAAAUAACCAAGGCUCUACAUGGUGUCGAGCUUCCAACAAUGUGUGUGCCAGUUGUAUUUCAGAGGGAAGGCAAUUCCAAAGCUGAGAUGCCACCACCAAGAAGGCUCUCCCUGCUGCACUUCCAGCCAAACCUCAGUAAAUUACCAAGCCCAGGCAAUCUUGGUACAAGGUCUGGCCUUUAAGGGGAGCAGGUGAUUUAAGGGCUUUGCUUACUAGUACUAAAACUUUGCAGCAGUAUCUCAGUAAAAGGGGUAUUGUUGACCAGAAAGGAUUAUUACUAACAUUGGGAAUGCAGGAAAUCAAUAUUUAAACCAAGAUGCAUGACUGGAAACAGAAGCUACCCAUAACCAAUAUGCUUCAGACCUCUAGAAAGGUGGAGACCUAGGGAAGGGUUAACAUCAUUGGCUACAUUUACGUGUCCUGAGAAAGUUUGGGUUGCAGGGUGGAUUUGAAAUACAGUAAAUAAAUUUCUUCUCAAUAGCAUCUACUCAUGGGAAUGAAUAGUUGCAAUGAUUACAGGAAAGCUUGAAAGUUAAAUAUUGUGUUCCCAUGAAACACAAAGGAUGAAAUACAAAUGUAUCCAUGUGCUAAAUCUAUCCCUGUUCUGUUCUCGGGUUUUACAUCUGAAAGUUCAGCUUAUGUUCUUUCAUGGGCACAUGUUUAAACAAGGGUCAACCAUUGGAAGUUAGCAUUGUAUUUAUUUUUUAUUUCAAGGCAAGUAAAAGGACCAGUCUGCAUGCUGCUGAAAUCUUGUGGUUGGUGCUACUAUGUGGUAUGUUACUUCCUCCUUAUAGUAGCUGAACUACAUUGAAUUCUCAGGUUUGCCAGAGCUUGACAGAUAUUCUUUUGACUUAGUAUUGAUAGAAGAUGGAAUAAAGUGUUCUUCUGUUCAUUGUCUUGGUAUGAAAAGUAAAAUUCAGAGGAAAAGUGAUAUCAAAUGUCCCUUUUUACCCCUUUUGCCUUUAGAACCUGAGCUAGAAGUAAAACCACCAGUAUUGGACAAAAAUAGCAGCAAAGCUAUUUGUAAGUAAAUGUGUUUCAUAUUUUUAAAUGAAAUAUACCUGAAAGCAUUCUUCGUAUGCAGCAUGCAGGAGAAGUUGAGGAUCUUUGUCAUUUUCUUUUAAAAUCAUCAGUCUACAUAAUUCAAACACAUUUCUUCCCCUUUUGCUGUUAGAUAAGGAAAAUUGGUCAGAUUUUUAAAGAGACAGACUUUUUGUUCAUUAAUGGAAAUUAAAAAGUAUAAAUCCCGAGCAGCUUGUACUUUCGCAUUUUUGUAUUUCAUGCUUCUUUUAUUGAUUAUCAUGUUGUGAACCAGGUACUCCACCAAGCAGAUCUGUAAGAGAUUAGUUUUGCUACCAGCCUUUUUAUGGAAUGUAUUUUUGAAUUUGCAUGUUACAUGGCUGCAUAUUUUGGUAUAUGAAUUGAAUUCCUGUGAACAGUAAAUAGAAGGCAACUUGCUAGUGAAGAUAUUAUAUUACAAAAAAACUCCAUUGGCCUUUUGGUGGAAGCAAUUUCAUAAUUUUUUCAUGUUGAGUUAUUAGCAUAAUUAGCUGAGUUCUUUGUAGUGGAGGGCAUCUCUCUGUCCUUGGUACUCAUCAGUCUUCUCUUUUUGUACUUCAAGGAAAACAAGGCUUAGAGAAGACUUUAAUGUAGAGGUUUUGUAUCUAAAGGCUAUGAUGUUUAGUUUUUCUAGGCAUCUCUUAGUGACUGUUUUCAAUAUUUUAUAUUUAGACUUCUAAAACUAAUCUUGGAAGUCACUUUUUUCCUUCACCAUAAGCUUAAAUUAAAUACUACAGUAUAAUAGGAAAAUAAAAAUAAACAUGUUACUUAUUUAUUUGUAUGUGUACUUAGCUGAAGCUGGCAAAUGUUAUAUCCAUUUUGUUGCAGUAAUGCUUUGCUCUUCCAUUUCAGUUGAUCCUGUAAAUGCAGCUCCCACCACUUCUACGCGUGUGUUUUAUAUCAGUGUAGGAGUUUGCUGUGCAGUCAUAUUCCUGGUAGCAAUAAUACUAGCUGUUUUGCAUCUUCACAGUAUGAAGAGAAUAGAAUUGGAAGACAGGUAAAGAAAAAAUGUGGACUUCAAUUUUCUUUCCAGUUUUCAUGUUUGAGACGUUAUAUGGACUUCUUGAUGCACUAAAGGUAGCUCCUAGGCUUUGGCAGAGUUGACAUUGAGAACUUAAUGUCAGUGCAGUAUAUAACUUAUUUUUCAAUGUUCCUAGAUAAUGCAAUACAAGACUUACUAAGUUAUCAGGCUGCUAGCCAUGUUGGCUUAAUACUACCUCAAGUUUCAAAGGCAGUAUGUCUCUGAAUACCAGUUGCAGGGGAACACAAGUGGGAGAGUACUAUUGCAUUCAUGUUUGUAGACUUCACAUAGCCAUCUGGACUUUGUGGACUUCACAUAGCCAUCUGGCUGCCCUCUGUGAAAACAGGCUGCUAGCUACAUGGUUGUUGCGCCUAUGCUAGUGGGGCUGCUCUAAGGGACUGGCAUAUUCCAUGAAAUAGAGUUAAGAUUAAUCAUAAUAGGUUCCAAAUAGCACUGGUUAAGGAAUGCUGAUACUUCUUGGGAUUCUACCACCCCUAGAUUCUCUCCAUUUAAAUAAUAUUCUUAAGCUUCAUUUCCUUACUUACAAUCUGCACAUCCCUAACAGUUGGACUGAAAGUGAAGAUUCUUGGAGUAAGGGGUGAUUUAUUGGUGGUGGUGGGGAACCCUUUAACAACACUGAAAAAUACUUGAAAAUAUGUUUUAAAAUGUGUGCCUGUUACUCUUUUUAAAAAACGGAUGCAUUUCUUUAUUGUGGUCAUAGUUAAUUUACAAAGACAGGUUCAAAUACUCAAUAGAGGGGUCCUCCCCCCCAAGUGCUAUAUAUGCACAGUCCAACUCCUUUUCUCUGUUGGGGACAUAAACAAGAACAUUCUGACUUCUGUUGUACAUAUCACUAGCUAAACUCUGGAAAAAUGCUUGGCCCAGUAUAGUUUCCCUUACAUCUGUUCUAAUCUAUUUGAAACCUAUAACACAUCAGAACUCAAUCUACAAACUUAAAUGUUUGGACUUUCCCAACUACGCUACAGAUUUUGUCUUCCUUUUCGGCAAGAUUUGCAAUAGUUAAAGGUGUAAUUGCUUAAAUUACGGUUGAUUUGAUUGAAAACGUUACUAAUCAAAAUGCUAUUUGAAUGCCUUUUCAUGUUCUGAUGUUCAUUUAAAGUAUUACAAGCUUUUGACAUUUUUGCUAUAUUCAAGUUGAGUUUUGGAGAAGUCUGGUUUUGUUAAUCUUUUUUAACUGCACAACUGAAGUGGUAUCUUAGCCUCAGCAAAAGUUAAGUGGUUGAAAAUUAGAAAAUGAUUGUGUUUUCUUUUCCAAAACAGCAUUAGUGACAGCAGUAGUUCUCAAGGCUUAUCUCAGCCCUCAACGCAAACAACACAGUACCUGAGAGCUGACACUCCAAACAAUGCAACACCAAUUACUAGUAAGUGUUAAUCUAAUUACAGAUACCCACACACCUCAACUUUCUAUGUAUGAGUGUUAGUCUUAGUGAUCUAAGAGACCAUACCGAUGUUGACUAGCAGGAAAAUGUGUGAAAAGUCUAGAGUUGGCAUUCUAGUGACCUUUGUUUCUCUGGGCUAUAAGAUCACAAUACUGUACAUUGUAUGAGAAACGGGAUUCUCAACCCAUAGAGAACCCUGACUUUCUUCAAAGGUUCCUCCCUGAUUCUCCUAUAUAAAUGUUCAAUCCCCCUGAAGGAGUGUCUGUUUCUUUGCUAGAUCUCAGCCUGCACUUAUUUUCAGACUGCUGGCAAAACAGUUAAUGUGUACGGGUAGGAUGAUGACCGUCAAAUCAUUUUUUCUGUGUGUUCUUCUGUGCUGCCUCAGAUUAUUGACAUGCCCAUGCCCUUUUCCUUUGUGAGACUGCAGCAGACACUGUUGCCAUGUGUUCAAACUUUUCUCUGUAUAUCUAAGGACUAGAAUGCAUAAUUGUUAAUUUUCACCAUACUUUUAAAUUGGUUGAAUCAAUUGACAUGGAUCCUAAAAUAAGUUAACUUCAGUAAGCUCAUGAAGGACAAUUUGCUGCCCCCACCCGUAUUCCUUCAAAAAGACGGGGGGAUCCCCCUGAAUGAUGUGGGUUCAGGCGUAGGGGGAAAAGAAAUGUUUCCUGUCCCAUUACACUCUGGGUGCCCACCCCACAAUUUCAAGAGGUUCCCAGAAUGUAGCACAAUACUACAAAUGUUCCCAAAGUGGGUUGAAUGAUAGCAUCCAUCAUCACUGCUUGUGUAAGUAAUUUUCUUAUCAGUGGAUUUGGCUGUGUUCUAACUUCAUUGUUAGAGGCAGUAUGCAAUGCCAAUUGCAGGGAAUCACAGAUGGGAAGAUUACUGUUUCACUUGUGUUCUGUUUCUGGGUCUCCAGAUGGUCUUGGGCUAUAGCCUCCAUCAUCCCCAGACAGUGGGGCCAAAUAUUCUGUGCCUCUGUUCUUGGGGCAACAGUUCGUUAGACUGCACUGCUGUUAGUAGUUUCUCUUUGACACUUCCCUAUUAUGCGGCCGCAAGGUAACCAUUAAGAUGUGCUAGAUCAGAAACUGUUUGAAAGGACAAUGCCCUAGCAAUUUCAUACAAUUAGGAUAAUGUUUGAUUCUAAAAAACCUCAAGGAGGUUUCGAAAAACAGUAAUAUCUAUGAGUGUCUAGAUCGUCUGAGCCCAUUAGACUAGAAUGGAAUACCAGCAAGAAACGGUUCUUGGAAGUAAAGGAUCAGUCUCUGCAACUGCAGCUCUUUGAGACAUUGGGAAGAAUUGGAGCAGGAGAGUUUUUUUCGUUUAUGUAACCUUUCCUCCUGCUGAAGAGACCUCUCAGUUUGCUGCUAUGAAUGUUCCAGAUUGACCAUCUGCAUAAAGCUUCGUCCAGUCUACAUAAACAAAAGUCCUUGUGAAAGGCGUUGGAACAUUUCUUACUAGAAACCAAAAUAAUUUUGAGAUGCUUUACCAAUUUUUUUAAAAUUAUAAACACAUGAUUCACUUUGCAUAUAGCAAUUGUUGAAUGGUUUCUUUAAAUGUAAAGGUUCAUCACUGUUCCACCCGAUGUGUAUGUCUUUAAGGGGCCAGAGCAAGGGCCAGAGCAAAAUAACGAGACCCAGCUUUACAGCUGUGAAACAUAGCAGGUGCUGCUGAGUUGUAUUGAUUAAGCUGUGUUGGUAAUUGGGUGUAGUAUAUAAGGAGCAGCACCUAGCUCUCCCAUUACCCUGGGGUUGGGUUGGUGGUUGGGUCUGGUUUGUUGUUGAUGUAUUUAGUGUUUAAGGAGUUUUUGUUUUUGUAAUUAAAACCUUGUUUAAGCUAUUUUUGAGUCCCUUUUUAAUGCAUGGUUUCCCCAGCAAGCUCUCUGCAGCGCUGCCAUACUGCAAAAAGCCAACAGCAAUGUCUUCUAAAGCCCAGAAGAGGGCAAUGUGUUUGCUUUCUUGUUUGUUUCAAUCUUGUAAUGUGUAUGAUACUCAGUAAUUAACCAGAAGAUCAUUAUUCUUAUUGCAUCCUGUGGCAAAACAUUAAAUACUUUAAAGGUACUAUCCAGGGCCAUAGGUUUCUUUUCCUGCAUGUUUUUUUUUUGCAGCAUACUUUCAUCUCUAGAUAAUGAUGAAUACUCCUAUUUACAUUUGGUAUUUAUAUUGGUAUUGUUUGGAUCUGCUGGCUCCUCAGGUUAUCCUACUUUACGAAUAGAGAAGAAUGACCUUAAAAGUGUAACAUUGAUGGAGGCAAAGGCUAAAGUAAAGGACAUAGCAAUCUCCAGAGAGAGGAUAACAUUAAAAGAUGUUCUUCAAGAAGGUACAAGUAAACAGUUCCUCAUAUGUGUCAAUAUGCAAUCGAUCAGAUGAUAUGCUUUUCAUUUUUCUUGGCCUUUUCUGUGUAUUGUUGAUACCUCAAAUGACUGGUGGUAUAAGUAGGGUGGAUUGUUUAAAUAACCAACAAAAAAAUGGGCAGGUUUCUAACAAUGGUUCGACCAUUAUAUCUAAUCUAGACUGAUGUGUCUGAUAAGUGUGCAAUUCCAUUUUUAAGAGGUUAGAUGUGUAGGAUUAUGUUUAGUACAUAAUGAGUUUAUCCAUACUGUUUUUGAAAAGCAUACUAUAUUCAUUGCUGCUUAUCCUGGGUAUAGGGAAUAUUAUGGGGAAAUUGAAUUGGGCAAAUACAUCUCAAAACUUUUCUGACGAUACAUCUUAUUUCUCUGAAAUCUUGGUAAGGUGCUUAAUGAAACUAAACUGGGAAAAACAGGGCCUCGUUUUAUUUUUUCCUAAUCUUCUGGUCAGUCUUGUAAACCAGCAUAUUUUUUAAGGUUUGAUCAGUUUCUCUACUAAUCUGUGAGCUACAUUUUUGCAGGUAAUCUUACUAAUCCACAAUGUUAGCAAAAGAGGGUUUCACGGAAAUGUUAAAACUUCUAUUGCUUAUGUUGGCAAUCUCACUUUGAACUCCUCUAAAUUAGACCGGCAAAUAAUGGUUGAAGUGCCAACUAUGAAAAGGUUGAUGAAAUGCUGAACAAAGAGGCCAUGGAUGGAUGUGAAGUUUCACAAGAGGAGAGUCCACUGCUAACCUUGAUUUCCCUUCGCUGUUGAUUUAUUGAAUGUGUAUACAAAUUUCUGUUGACCUCAUUUUCUUCGUUCAUUGCUCUCAUCCUCAGGCACAUUUGGUCGAAUUUUCCAUGGAAUGCUAAUAGAAGAAAAAGACCCUACUAAAGAAAAGCAGAUGUUUGUAAAAACAGUAAAAGGUAGGCUUUCAGCAUGACUUUUGUUCAGCGUUAGGCAGGUUAUAGGAUAGUCAUUGCUUCUGCAAAAUAGUUCUUUCUUAGAUGUAUUGAAAAAUGAAUGUUGGGGCAAAACCUCUUCCACAAUCGCAGAAUUCCAACAGGUCGCGUUCUAGUAAGUUUUCUGCCUCUGGCUUCAGUUUAUUGAAUUGGGUGUGUAUAUUUCAGGUAUGUAUUUUGAACCAAACAUGGAGACCCCCUAAGAAGUAGAGAGGGGCUGGUUUGGUGGGCUAGUACAUACUUGGGAGACGGCUGGCUUCCAUUGAGCCUUGGAGAAAUAUAUGGUUGAGGGAAGACUACUCCAUAGUCUAGUAGGUUAGCCCUGCAGCUUGGGAGAUAAAAGGGGACACAGGAAAGAAAAAAGGCCUGAAUGGUAGGUAAAGAGGGACCAUAGCACUAGCUAAUUUUUGUCUAGUGUGGAAUAUGAAGCUCAUAGCCCCGAGGAGACAGGAAGUUACAGGUCCCAGCAUCUAAAAAUGAGUGAACUAUUUUCAGUGUUCAGCUGAUUGUCAGAAUUCACUGGUCCUUUUUCACAUGAAGCUUUCAUCUCAUGGCCCCUCAUCUCAGCCCCCUCAGAAGUUUUGUGGAAGGACAAGGAAGGCAAGCCACUGCCUUAAGUUUAUUAUAAAGAUUUAGUGACCACAGACCGUGGCAGAACGCAAGUUCCCAAGUCCAGAUUCUGGCAUCUCUUUAAAAGAUUUGGGGUAUCAAGGCUGAGGGAAAGACCUUGGAGAGGUACUACUGGCCAUAACGAAGAGUUUGUGAGCUAGGUGGAUCGUUGUUCUAAGGCAGCUUCAUAUGUUCCUCUCUGUGAUCUCUCCCCACAAGGGGACUGUGACAGCCUUUUCUUUUUUACCCACCACACUGCAACAUCUUGUCAAUUUCAUCUUAAGCUAUGUGACUCAUGCUUAAGUCCUAUUGAAAAUAGUGGGACCUAGUUCACAAAGUCUAACUUAAAUCCCAUUGAUUUCAAUAGGAUUUUUAAUGCAAUUAACUUGGUCUGGAUCUUGUUCAUCAGUAAUGUUUAAUAUCUUAGUAUGUGAUUUUGCUAUUUGAGGAUUUUGAAUUUUAUGUGUGUCUGUCUGUUAGCUGCUUUUUUUUUGCCUAUGCAAAUUUGUUCUAACAAGCUUUUGCCUUUUUAGAUCAGGCCUCAGAAGUUCAAGUGACAAUGAUGUUAACAGAAAGCUGUAAACUCAGAGGUCUUCAUCACAGGUUAGCGCUCUUCAAAAUGAAAGCAAAGUUGUUUUAAUUUGUGUUUGGGAAUUUGAUGGCUUAUCACCUAAAGUUUAGUUUCACAACAGUCUAUUGAAAACAGUUAUUAAUUAUUAUUCUGCAAAAACACUUCACUAGACUUCAGUUUUAGUCUUCAUGUGAGCCAUCUUCAGUCAGGCAAAGUGCAAACUUGAAGGUGACUGGAAUUGAAGUGUACUUUGCAUAUGCUUCAUUCAAGAAUUCUCAAAUAACGAAUUUGGCCUAUAAUGCAAUGGCGAAAAGCUAUUUGGUUAUGAUUGCGAGCAGUGUUUGUACUUAAAAAAAUGGGUAUACAUUUUCCUAAAUUAUAAAUCAAGCAAAUGAGAUACAUGGUGGUAAUUGUGCAGUACAGUGGACCCUGCAGACACAAACUUAAUUCGUUCCAGGGGUCUGUAUUUACCCCCAAAAGUCCGCAUCUAGAAGCGCUGAUUCUGUGCAUGCACACAGCGCGAUAGAGCACUUCUGCGCAUGUGCGCAUGGCAAAACCCGGAAGUAUACACUUCAGGGUUUGCCGCGUUCACAACCCGAAAGUUACGUUACCCGAAGGUAACAUAACCUGAGGGUCCACUGUACAAUUGUGGGACUGUUGGUUGAACAGCUAAUGGAAUCCCCACCACCACCAGAACCAACCAGAACUAUAUUUCUUUCAGAAAUCUGCUCCCCAUUACUCACGUUUGUAUAGAGGAAGGAGAAAAACCAAUGGUACUGUUGCCUUAUAUGAACUGGGGGAAUCUCAAGCUGUUUUUGCGACAGUGCAAACUGGUAGAAGCUAACAAUCCUCAGGUAAGAAGUGGCUAAUGUCGAAUAUAAAAUAGUUGGUCACCAAUUUAGAUUUAAUUAAAAUUCAAACUGUCGAGUUCAUGGUGAAUUUCCAAGGGAUUCAUAGGUAUGAAAAACUCAUUCAGUAGAACAGCCUUUGCCAACCUGGUGCCCUCCAGAAGUGUUGGACUGCAGUCCCAUCGACCCCAGCGCAAGGCUCAUGGGAGUUGCAGUCCAAAACACCCAAAGGACACCAGGUCAGUGAAAGCAUCAGUAGAGCCGUAGGAAACAGACAUGCUAACAAUAUUUUAAAAACAAUUUGCUUUAAUGUUUCAUUCUCUGCUUAAAUACAUGUUGCUUCUUAAAUACAAACAUAGGAAAGUAGUGUAAUAACAAGGGGAAGGCUGAAACAGCAGGUGUAAUCCUAAUAUUCCCAGUCCUGCUAGGGCAGCUUCUCAAAAUUGUCUUAAUCUCUUCUGCUUCCCAGAUUAGGAAAGCCAACAUUUGUGUUUUCAGGGGCCACAUUGUUCUUCAGAGGGCCACCAGCUUAUGUUGUUGUACAAACUAAUUCCAUCACAAGAGGCUUGUGACACAGUAGAUGUCAUCUAGCAGGAAGAGCUUCACAGUAUGUGCUUGUUAACAUACUCCUGCAUCUCAGGAUGCUGAAUUAUGAGCCCAGUGCACAUAAUCAGACUCCUGUGCCUUGUGAAAGCUAGAACGGAGCAGAUCACAGUGACUUUCACCUAACACACAAACGGUUCUGUUCUCCCUUCUCACAGAAGUGGUAGCAGGAAAGGCAGCAGAAAUUUUGUUAACUCUGGUUUUUGCCACUAUGAAAGCAAAUUAGAUAUGGUGCCCCUGAGUUUUGGGACAAGCACCAGCAGUUUUCAUUUUAUCGGAAGGACAACCUCUUUGGAUCUCAGUUUUUCAGUGAAAAUUGACAGUAAGAAAAGCUUGUACUUUGGACAGGUAGCAAAUAAUGACUAAGCUAGGAAUUUUUAUUCAAGCAUAUUUAUUAAAAAAAAUUAGCUCCACCUUUUCAUUUAAAGGAGGUUUAUAAUUAUAAUCUCUAUUUCUAUAGGCAAUUUCACAACAAGAUCUUGUACAUAUGGCUAUUCAGAUUGCCUGUGGAAUGAGCUACUUGUCCCGAAGAGAGGUCAUUCACAAAGACCUGGCUGCUAGAAAUUGUGUGUAAGUACUGAAGUGUAAAGGGCUAAAGACACUCAGUUGGGGGCAAUGUAAAAUACUCCUCUAACGGGUCUUCUGUCCAUUCACUGUACAAGUCACUCUUUCCCAUUGCAAGCUGAUAGCUGCACCUAUCUGGCACAGCUAGUUUUAUGUUUAAGGUGCAGCAUAAUAAAGAGAUGCCUGCAGAGAGCACCAGAAAUCAAAGUAUGAGGUACCGCAGCACUAGAAGAACUUAGUAGGUAUCGGCCAGCAUCUACCAUAUUUGUGGAAAAUAUGACCAUAUUGUUUUAGGUUGCUUAUGCAAAUGAAUUGUUGUCUUUGUUUGCCAUUAUUCCAUAAAAAGCCAGUUCUAAAUGUUUUCUCUCAAUAUAAUGUGACAAGAAACAGAAACUGUGCUUGAGAUAUUGUAGAUAGGGGGUGCUUUGAUUCUUAGCAUUUGGGCCAAUAGGGCCACCCCCUUGUCUUAAUAGGAAAAGCUAAGGUUCACAGUUGCCUUUAUGCAGUACCACUUUUGGGCAUCCGUCCAUCAUUUGUUAAGAAUUUGUAUUAGUUGACGGUUGGCAAUAGGCUACAUUCCUGCACAUGCUGUCAUUCUAUAUUUUGACCGACAAAUGGAGCAAUGAAAUAGGAAAGUAUCACGCUACCAAUAUGCAGUUUGUUAGCUUUUUAUUUAAAAAUAAAAAAAUACUUUAAAAUGACAUCAAGGUUCUUGAUACAUGUCUUACUCCAAAUUGUUUUUGCACUAGGCAUAGUAGGCUAGAGUAUGUCUAAAAAUGCCUUGUCAUUUCCUGAGUGUCACCUAGAUAGUGCUGCUAACAUAUGACUGUAAAGAGCUUAACUUACCCAUCUAAGUGGUUGUCUGUGUGUAUUUUAAUAUACAGCAUUGAUGAUGCACUUCAGGUGAAGAUUACAGACAAUGCCCUGUCCAGAGAUCUAUUUCCCAUGGAUUAUCAUUGCCUCGGAGACAAUGAAAACAGGCCAGUGCGGUGGAUGGCUCUUGAAAGUUUGGUUAACAAUGAGUUUUCCGGCGCUAGUGAUGUGGUAAGUUAAGAUACAGUAGCAGAACAAAAACAUAUUUCAGGAAUCAACUAUUGAGUGCCAUCAGGAGAACCCCAGAACAGCAAGUGAGGAGAGGAGAUGUGGGAAUCGUUCUGUCCUGCAAGUCAAAAUGCUUGCCUUGAUUGAACAAUUGCACAAUGUAGAAUUCCUCCCGUAUAUUUUUAAAUUAAAACAACAAUGAGAGUUGUAAAAAUCUUCAUACAGAACAACUUACUUGUUAGGUAAGCAGCCCUUGGAUAAACAGCAAACCCACACUGAAUAUCCUAGUAUUCGUUUUAAUAAGGUAAGUUGAGGAGAUUAUAGAAAAAGAAAUUUGAGGCUAAUAGAACUGGGAGUGAUGUCCAGUGUUGAUCAUACCCAGGGUAGACCCAUUGAAAUCAGUAGGCCUACUCUUGGUAUGACUUCUGGAGUUUAGUGGCAUGAUAAUAGGAAACAAUACACACACCACAAGUGUUGAAUCCUUUAAAAAUAUGUGCAAUUCAUAUUGAGACAUCCAGCACACAUGUUUUGUAUUUUGGAGUCAUACCUGAGUAAAAGCAUUAACACAAAUAUCUCUGGUAACUGUUAAUAGGUCUGAUAGGCCAUUUUACGCCACAGCAAUUUACAAUUGUUUGUUUUCAAGCUUUAUUUGAAAUAAAAGAUGGACUGAGCCCCUUAUUUGCAAGAAACUGAUACUUGUUUGAAAGAAAUAUGAAACAUUCCUAAAAUCUAACCAGUUAUUAUAUGUGAUACUCUUUCCAGUGGUCUUUUGGAGUAACCUUAUGGGAACUGAUGACUUUGGGACAAACCCCAUAUGUAGAUAUCGACCCCUUUGAGAUGGCAGCCUAUCUAAAAGAUGGAUACAGGAUAGCUCAGCCAAUCAACUGUCCUGAUGAAUUGUAAGUGACUGUUAGAGUUGCAUAAUAAUUCUUAAGAUUGUGUAUGUAGGUGGAAAAUAAUGUCUAUGAUUAGUUGGUGCGAACGAAUAAGAACUGUGUUUGAAAGCAUUAUACAUUCUACAUUAACUGGACUUCAUUUGGGUAUAGUAGGGUUCGGCACGAUGCGCAUGUGUGUGGUAACACGUCAGUUGGAUGCUCAUAAAUGGGAAGCUGCCUGUAUGUUGGUGUUUUUAUCCCUCUGUGACUUGAAGACUGGGAAAUAUGGUGUGAUUAGUGAAGUCCUCAAAAGCAAUCAAAAGAAUGACAUUAGAUACAUGCAGUAAAGUGCAACUCAUACUCUUGACUCAGUGAGGACCAUGUGGGGAACAACUGAAUAGGUGGAGAAUAUUUCCUGUUUCUUAUAUGUGUGAUACAGAUUUCUGUGGUUGACAUUGUAGUAGUCCGUGGUCCCUGUUCCACUUGUUCCGUUGCUAUGGAAUAAAGUUCUAUCCCUCAAUUCAUUGCUGAAGUGUAUUGUCACUACUUUAUGGUUCCUUCUUUUGGGGACAUAAGCAGUUAAUCUCAGCCUUAAAUUGACUCAUACUGAUGAUAGUGGUGUUUCAGGUUCUUUUUUAUUGUACUCCUUGGAACUACUCUGUUAGGAGAUGGGCUGCUUUUAAAAGGAAGAUUGUGAAGUUGCAUGUAAUUUUACAUUUCCUAAAUUCAUUCAUGCAUACAUGCACAUACGCAGCACUAUAUCUUCUGAGAAAUCAUUAUAGUUUCUUACUUAGUAACCCUCAAAAACUAUACUAAUCUGACCACUUGAGGCUUAAAUUUUGAGCCUGUUAUACACUGAAGCAAAAUUUAGUCAUUAGAUUCCUAUCCUGGUUCAGUUUCUGCCCACUGUAUUCCAGAGGUAAGGAGUCAUUUUUAAGGCUGUGCUAAAGUUAGUUUGCUAUAAGCUGCUGAUAAAGAUGUUUCUAAAAAUACACAUAAAUUUAAAGUGGAUCUCACAAAAACUGCAAAUACUUAAAAGAAAAGAAAUCUGAAAAGAACAGAGAAGAUACACUGUGUUCUUUUAAAAGGGUAACCAGCUAUGAGACAUUAACUUGGGGAGUAUCUUCACUAGAUGUCACUUGCUGUAGAUUUCUAAUUUUCACACAGGUGAAAAUGUGAAAUACUUUCCAUGUUGCUAAGGUCUCCAAUACUUACCACACAUUAAAGUGUAUGGCAGGGGAUGAAAAUAUCACACUUUUAAUACCUUUACUUACUGUGUGUUAAUUUGUUGGAAGCUGCCCAGAGUAGCUGCGGGUAACCCAGUCAGAUGGGUGGCAUAUAAAUAAGGUACUAUUAAUCUAUUAUUAAACCUGUGGCCGAAGGGCUUACCACUUGUGUCAAGCUUACUUACCUUUGUUUGCUUUUUUUUAUCAUCCAGAUUUGCUGUGAUGGCUUGCUGCUGGGCACUGGACCCUGAGGAGAGACCUAAAUUCCAGCAGCUGGUGCAGUGCCUCACCGAAUUCCAUGCAGCAUUGGGAGCCUAUGUCUGAUGCCAGGCAUACACACUCUGCUCUACUUGGAAAGGGACGCUGUGUCCAUGUAACAGUGAAACGUGGUGUUUGCAUCUAUUUAUAUACACUAUAACGUCUAUCUAAAACACAUUAUUUGGAAGUAGGCUUCACUGAUUUCAGUGGAUUUUUCACAUAAUGCGAGUAGGAUCAGGGAGCCCAUGUGUGAAGCAGAGACACUAACUAGAAGAUUGCCUUCUUCCAAAAUCACUGUGCCUUAAUAAAGCAGUCUGGCGUUUUUUGUAAGGUUAGGUUUUAUUCUACGUGUCACUUAAGUGGAAAUCAGACAUUUUAAUUUCCCAGCCUGAAACGUAAGUAUAAGAGACUGGAAUGUGAAUUGGAUGAAUUUUUGGCACUGUUAAAGAAGAUGCAAACUUAAUUUCACAGGUGCUUGAACUGAUGUAUGGGGGCAUUUGUGUAAAAAUAUAAAGUGGCAAAAAGAAUUUCUCCUUCCCCCACACCCCAAAAAAGACUUACGUGUGCUGCAGCUUAAACUAUUUAAAAUGACUUGACUGGUUUUGGUGUUCAGGUUUGUAGUUGGAAUAGCCUUUUUUUUAAAGUAUCCAUUGCUUUUUUUUAAAGACGACAGCACAAUAUGGUUGGAACCACAAGUGGCCUUUUUAUUAUGUUUUAAUCCCAUUCUUAAACAAUGGUUUUUUUUGAGGGGGGGGGAAGCUUACCUCCAAGAUGCAUUAUUCCCCUUUUAAAAGUGACAGACAGUUCUACGAAGCUGUUUCCAGUUUACCUCAAGAGUAAAAUGGAGCCUCAUGUUGCAAGGCUAAAACCGCUUAGAGGUUUUUUUCUGCAAUCAAGCGGUAUAUAAAUUUUAUGGAAAAAAGGAAGUGCUAGAGGCCUUCAGAGAAGUGCCAAAGCAGCCCUCUAUUAGGAGCCUUUCACCUCGGACUGUAGAAUGCAGAUUUUCUUGUUAAAAAGGUACUGGUUUAUGUGUUUAGGAUUUUUUAUGACCUGAAAAGGAAUUAAAUAUAUAAAUAUAUAAAUAUAUUUGUAAAUCCGCAUUUGAAGAGUAAAAAUAUCUGUAUAUUAUGAGUUAAUGAGAAACUUCAUCCCUGAUACUGUGGGGUUGUAUCAAACUUACCAUGUGAUUAUGCAUUAAUCAGCACUUGAUGCAAAUUCUGGGGAUGGCUGUAAAGCCACUUGAUCAUCUCUUGAGCAUAGAAGCCGUCACAGAUAAUGAGAAAUGUUAUUUCUCUGAUCCUGUACUGAUUCAUUAUGCCUACAGAGUUAACAUAUGCU